CGGGAUAACAGACUGGGAAACAGCCUGUGUGGCUCCAAGGUUUUGGAGAUUAUGCGAUUCUGGUUGGAUUACAAAAGGUCCAGCAUGUCGGUACCUCUACCUUAGGCUGGAUCGAUCACAGUCCUCGUUUCUGAAGUCAAUCUUCACUAUGAAGCUCCAACUUAUAUCGUUCCUACCAUGGGCGUCAAUCGCCAGUGCCAGUUGGUCGAAGAACCUGAAUUAUCGUUCACCGUCGGAACAUCACCCUGCACUGGGAGUUUCGAUACAUAGGGUCGUCAAGAGAAAUGAUCCCCUAUCGGCUUACGAUACUGCAACCCUUAACUUUACCCAUGGCGUCGCUUCUGGUGAUCCUUACCCUAACAGUGUGAUCCUAUGGACUCGAGUGGCGCCGCAGAGCGAUAACUCGGAAUCGAACUUGACGGUUACCGGAUACGCUCCAUUAUUUGACCAUGAUAACGAAAAGUACGUACAUGUGUCAAAAUCGCCUGUUUGUGUCGAGUACAGGGUUGCGACAGACAAGAGUCUCACCAGCACGGUUGAUUCUGGGAAGGUCUACACCAGUUCAGACGUAGAUUUCACGAUCAAGGUUGAAGCAACAAACUUGAAGCCGUACACCACGUACUACUACCAGUUUAAUGUCUGUAAUUCGAACAACCGGAGCCCACUCGGACGAACAAAAACGACACCAAAUGCCGACGAUGAUGUCACCAAAGUCAGUCUUGCAGUCUUCAGCUGUGCAAACUACCCAUUCGGUUUCUUCAACGCAUAUGGCAAUGUUGCACGCAAGGACUCAGUCGACUACAUAGUCUUCCUUGGAGACUAUAUCUAUGAGUAUGAAAACGGGUAUUAUGGCUGGGGCAACAGCAUGGGUCGUAUUCCACUACCCGACCGCGAGAUUUUCACAUUGUAUGACUAUCGCAAACGCCUGGCUACAUAUCGUACGGACUUGGAUUUGGUCGAAAGCCACCAGCAGUUUCCUUGGAUCCCAGUGUGGGAUGACCACGAAGUAGCAGACAACACGUACCGUGAUGGCAUGGCUGAGUUGAACAACACAGAGGAUAGCUUCAUCAAGGACGGUGUCGGUGUUUCUGUGGACCAACGCAAGAUGAAUGCCGUCCGUGCGUACUUCGAGUGGAUGCCGAUACGACAGGUAGAUAUGGACGACAACUUGAGAAUUUGGCGGUCAUUUUCUAUUGGUAAGCUGGUCGAUUUGACCAUGCUAGACACACGCAAUUACGACCGCAGUAUCACUGAUCUGUACUGGAACACCGACUACAUCCAUGAAAUCUCAAACGACGCUGGCCGAUCUCUUAUGGGCUCUCGCCAAGAGAACUGGUUCUACAGAAGCCUCUCAGAAUCGGCCGAACGUGGGGCAACAUGGCGAGUUAUAGGAUCUCAGAUUGUUUUCUCGCGUAUAAACCAGUCAGCGGCUAACGGCGAUGCCAACCCGGAGAACUACGAUGCCUGGGGUGGUUAUCUAGCGAACAAGAACCGCACUCUCAACCACCUGUACAGCAACAACAUCAACAAUAACAUAUUCCUUGCCGGUGAUAGCCACGCUUCGUGGGUCAGCGAUCUUGUCUGGCUAGAUGAGAAAGAAUAUGACAAGAGUACUGGAGAAGGUUCUAUCGGCGUUGAGUUUGCUGGCAGUGCUGUCACCUCCCCUUGUCCAUACGGCCAGAACAUCACCCUUGCCACCGCGAACAACUACUCUACGUGGCUACAAAAUGCGAAUGACGAGCUCCAAUGGCAGGACUUGUACUACCGUGGAUACUUCGAACUGCAUUUCACCCACGAUAAAGUCGACGCAAACUUCUUCGGACUUCCGAGCAUCACCACGAGGAACGGAUGGGAGAUUCCCAUUGGCAACUUCACUGUCCUCGCUGGCGAGAACAAGCUCCAGCGUCCUGUGGGCGGAGGUGUUGUGGAAAGCGGAAGCUUGAAGUUUGGCAAGGUGGUGCAGAACAACAUCACGCUCGACACUAACAACGGCACUUGGUUCGUGAGUCACGCGAAGUUGUAGGCUAUGUAGAGGCUUUAAUGUACCCAGAACGACUAGCCAAUUAGCACUUCUGUAGGAUCUAAUCCGCUUAUUGCAGCCAAUAUUCA